AUGUCAUCAGUUUAUUUACCCUAAAUUAUUAACAGUUCUGCCUAGAUGGUUUAAGAUCUUAAUAGCAGCUAGAUUACAUUACCAAAGAAGAAGAAAACUGCAUCUUAUGGAUUAAUUUUCAGUGAUGGGUAACAGUAAUAAGAGUUAAAUGAUGAUGCUAUUAAAAAAUCUAUCAUUGAUUUAAAUUUCAGAUAACUCUAAGACUUUGAAGAACCAGGCACAUCUUAAGUGAUUUAAAAAGUAAGGUUUCAGCAUUACCAGGAUAAGAGAAAAAAUAAUUUGGAUAUAAUUGAAAGAAUGAUAAAGAUAAGUAAAGGAUUAUAUUAACCUGGAGAGAAUGGAUCUCCAAUGAUGAGAUUCAACAGAUCUACUUAAUCUACUAACCGACUUAACUCAACUAACUUGAUGUUUAAGUCAAGACUAAUAUCCACAUAACUUAAAAACAUGAGAAACGCAUCCUACGAUUAAUUUGAAAAUGAAAAUCAUAAUCGAAGCAUGAUAAGCUCUUAGCCUGAUAUACCACUUAGAGAGCCUUUAGACUUUGAAUUCAGAUUAAAUAGGAAAAUGGCAAAAAAGAUUUAUGAGGAGGAGAAGAAAAAUAAAGUUCUAGAAAAUAAGGAGAAAGUAAAGCUUGAUCAAGUCUAGCAAUUGAAAAAUCUAGUAUAAACUUAUGAGAAAAAGGAGAAGAAGUAUGUAAAGGAAAAAAAGGAAGGCUAGCAGGUACUUUAGCAUAGGAUAAUGCAGGUAAAAUAACGGAGAGAGCAAAUUCUAGAUAAAAAGUAGAGAAUAAUGAUGAUGAAGGAGUAAGAACUCAGGUAGAAAGAGGAAUUGAUUGAAUAGGAGUAUUAGAAAUUUUAAAAGAAAAGAGAGGAGAAGAUCAAAGCAUAGUAAGAGGAAUUAUUUUUAAUUGAUCUUGAAAGAGAGAGAGAGAAAAAAGAUAAGACGGGUAAAACUAUGAUGAUUAAGUUGAAGCUUGAAAUUUUCGAAUAAAAAUUGAAAACACAUGAAGAUAAAAAGAUUUAAGAAGUUGAAAAAGUAAAGGAGAGAAUGUCUUCAAUUAACAAAAAGGUGGAAGAGUCAAAGUUUCUUUGGACAAAGGAAGAGUAUGAGUAGCAAUAAAUGCACCUGGCCAAGAAGACCUACAGUCGGAUCAUUAAAUCAGAGAAGAUGAAAUAAGAUCAAAUUAACUCCUCGCUCUACUAAAUCAAAACUAAAAAUGAAAGGAGAAUUGAAAAUGCUAAUUUGAAAUAACAAGAAAUCAUGAGGAAAGAAAUUGAUAAAAUAAGGUAUCUUGAGAAUAGAGUGAAGUAAAGAAAUGAUUUAAUAGAUGAAUUUUAUGAAGCAUUCAAAGAAGAUAUGGAUCAGAAAAAGGAGCUUUCCUUCCUUAGAAAGAUAGAUCAAAUGGAAAACCUAUAGCGAACCAAAAACUUUUAUAACAUGUAUCGUACUAAGCUAAUUGAAAAGAUCCAAGAUAAAAUGAAUAGAGCAGAACUAGUUAAGGAAAAUAAGGAAAGGAUUAGAGAGAUGUAUUUGACUAAUCAUAACCUUAAGAAUAACUUAAAUAGGACAUCAUUAAGUGUGAAUUAGAAGUCAAGAGGAGAUAAUGGAGAUUUGAAUAAAAGCUCAUACUUGUGA